AUUGUAACAAAAAGAUCAUUUCUUAAAUAUUUAUUUUCAAUGUUAUUACAUAGAUAGAUAAUACCUAGUAUUAUAGAUAUUCAACAUUUAUACAAUUAAACAGUUCAACAUUUAUUUUCAUUUUUAUCUGACACAUAAUAAAUCACAAUAAAUGAUCGCGCCAAUGGCACAUUAUUAAUUUACAUAAAUGUCUAAAUAUUUUUUACAGUCUGUAUCAUGCAUACAUUUGUAUAUAAUUUGCUCUUAAUAAUGAAUGUACAAAUUUUAAAUGUUUAUAAUAUAAGAAAGGAUUUUUUAGUCCUAUGCCAUUAGUAUGUGGUUUUAUAUAAUUAUACAUGAGGCUAUAUGCUAUGUGUGUUAGGGCGAUCAUGCGAACCCUCCCGUAUCAGAUUACAGAACUAAUCAGCCUUAGGUAAAUGGAGACAGGAGGAAGAGGUUGGAUGGCGGCCAGGGGCGGGCUAUUUUUACGCAGCUCCUCUCAGAGCGGUCUUAAAUAUCAAAGAUACCCACUCCUGGUGUCAUCUUACCUCCCCUCUUCACCGCCGUACACUUUUAAACAUGGACUCUCCUCUUCUGGUAACGCUGUACCUAAACUUAGCUCAGAAAUUCGCUCCUACCUUAGGCAAAUUUUAAAGAGGAGCUUAACAAUAUAAAGUUCGGUUAUUCAGUGAUGGAAUUGUAUGAAUGAAAUAUUCCUCCAAUAGGAGAGACAUUUCACUUUAAGUUUCUUUCUUGACUGCCUAAGUCUAAGUUUCUUUUACAAUACUUACAUUUGAAAUACGUAACUGAACGGAGCACUUGAAAAUUUAACAGUAUUAACGCCGCACUCUGAAUUUGACAACUGACCGAUAAGAACCACAAAGAAGGCUUGUCUGCAGAUAAGGAACUUCUUAUACCCACGACUCAAUCAAUAGCGUGUUGUUCGCCGAUUUAGUUUUUUAAAAAAAAUAUCACAAAAAUUAAAGAAAAAAAAAAAAAAAUCAACUACGGGUUCCUUAUGCGCAGGCGCACUUUCGAUCUGGCUGAAAUAUUAACGGUCACGGUUAGCACGUGGACGGCACUGCACUUGCACUGAACUGCUGGCGUACUCCUCCGCAGCCGUUGAAGAAUCUCGGCAAGGAAGCUCCAUACUUCUUUACAUUCCAUAUCCAAUUAAUCACACUAUGGGAAGUACAGAAGCAUGGAACCUGACCUUAGCCAGUCCUCCCCAUGGCACCCUCAGCUAGCGACUGAAGCCUGGCAGGCCGUGUGCUGCUAAAAACAGCCCUCACAUCUGGGCGUGGUGGGGGCUCCCCAACCCCAAAUUUGUCCCGUAGACAGAAAUA